AUGAUAAAGUGUUUUGUUAUUGCUUUUAUAGAUGUGACAUUACAUCAAGGUUUCCUCAAACAUGAUGGAUUAGAGAUGAUAAUACAGCUGUUAAGAAGUUCUCUUGUUAAACCUGCUGACUCCAAGGAACAAGAAUUGGUUAUUUUUAUUCCGCCCUGUUUAUCUAUGUUACGUCGGUUGAUUCAUCAGAAUUAUAGUUUACGUCAUCAACUUGCUCACGAUAUCACUAUAUAUUUUAUACUUAUCAGAUGUUCCUUGUUGUUUUCAACUGAUGACAGAGUACGUUAUGAGUCAGCACACAUAUUAACAUUGCUGUUGUUUGACGAGGUUGCCAGUCUUGACAGUAAAACUUCAUCCCCAGCAUUUGAAAUCAGUUUGACAGGAUUCAGCUUACCCAAAACAGUGGUUGACAGGUACAGCCUUCCAUUCAAGGCCCACAGUCAUCAUAUCAUUAGUCCAUACAGAGUUGUCACCCCAUUAUCCUCAGAUCCACUACGUACUGGACCCCCUGCAGAUAUGUUAACUAUGGGAUGGAAUAUCGCAUGGCAUCAUGGGAUUGAAUUACUGGCUGAAUUUAUUAAAGAUGGCAAAAGCCAUGAUGAAGAUGUAUUUGCCAGUAAGCUGUACCUGAGUAAAGUUGACAAGAUAAUAGUAUGCUGUAGCCACACAGUAACUGGAAUAAAGCAAUGUCUGGAUUCUAUGUUAAAUGCUAGCUCCCAUUACAUGGUGAAGACAUCAUUGAUGAGAUUAGUUCACUAUAUAGUCACUGAAAAUAUACAUAACAAGGGUUGUAACUCACAUAGUCUGUACGUGACUAAUGUAUUAUACAAGCAAGAUUGGAAAGCUGCCUUUGGAAGAUACUUGCAAGUGAUCCCUGCUAACACUGAUGAUGAGAGUCUGCUUUCUCAGCUGUUGUUUACCUUGUCAGAAAUCUUAGACAUAUCGCAGUCAAUACCAGAGGAUUUCUAUAUUUGGUUAGCUGACAUCAUCAUUGACAACCACGCUCCACUUACCAGACUAAUACAGAAAUCAGACAAUUCUACUGAUGUUAAUGAAGAAAGAACUACCGCUGGGAAGAGGGGUUUGCAGAAGUCAAUACUGGUGUUUCUCAAUGUAUUUGCGAAACGACUGUCCAAAUCAAACCAUAGUUGGAAGUUUAGUAAUGGUAUUGGUUACAUUGGUGGUGAGAUAGUGCACUCCUUAGUUCAGAGUCUCAAUUUAGCAGAUGCUGUACAUUUCUAUGACUUGCCUUCAUUGGAAUGUACUCUACAAUGCUUACUACAUGUAACUGCAAGGUCUGGUUGGAGUAAUGGAAGUAGGGACCUGGAAAAUCUACCACUAUGUCAUAAAUUUCUCUCAUCACUAUUGGAGAUUGUAUCUGCGUUUCAUGUUGGCCGUGGUGGUACUGCUAUGUCAUACAUGGGUAAAGGUGUUACUAGAUGUGCUACAUUAUGUCUACUGCAUCUAGCAUAUGAAAUGUCACAGCAUUCAACAGAUAAGACAUGGACUUCACAUUGGUUGUACAUCAGACAAGGGAACCAAGAUGAGGUUAUGAACACAGGGUUGUUAUGGUUACUGGCAUUAUGGUAUUACAGAGAUCCUGAGGUACGUACUACUGGUUUGGGAAUUGCUACUGCACUUGCGUCCACAGAAUCAGGACGUAUUAUGUUAAGUUCUUGCUGUCAGCAAAUCCCAGGUGGUAUAUGGGGAACAGUAUUAACAUUUUUGCUUGACCAGUCCGAAUGCAGUAUUGUAAGACAGCAGGCAGCUGCUUUAUUUGUCAAUUUAACAUCACAAUCUAUGCCAGAUGUUGCUGUUUCCGAUCCAUGUAUUAAAUGGCAAGGUCCCUCUGUACAGGAUGAAGAUACCCAUAUAUCAUUAGUAGGCCUACCUGCCUUGAUAGCUUUAUUACAUCACUAUCAGUUCUAUACUGAGAUGCCUGCAAUGAUAAGUAAUUACUAUGCAGAUAGUACUAUAACACCAGUCAGUAUUCUAGAUAAUAUGUCAACUGUCACUACCUCAACAACUACAGCAACAUCUGCAUCACCAUCAACUCUUAUCACAACUGUUGAUAAUGAUGCAUUGAAUGGUAGUAAUGGGGCCAACAUAACACAGGAUAACAGGUCAACUAUGUAUACAUCUACUCCUAACACCACACACCGUACAUCAACGCCAUCAACAUCAAUUGCAUCUAUGCAAACCAACUCAUCCAAGAGAUCUUCACAAUCACAAGUUUCUUCCUCUAGUGGUACCGAUGCGAGUCAAGACACAGCUUCCUCCACUGUUCUCAGUACAACUGAAGUCAGAUACCCAAGUGUGGUGACACCAUCUCUGAUUGGUACAUUGUGCCAGUUAUUACGUAAUCUCAUCAGCCUAGCCCCUCAUGAUGCUACCAUGGCAGUCAAUAAAAACAAUUUACUCACCAAUCUGCUCAGACUUGCUGAGUGUUCUGAUUCUGAUGGAAAAAUCUUGAAAAAUAAAUGUAAACAGCGCAAACACGCCCUUGGGCAGAAUGUGAAAAGAAAGGACCAACUUCUUUAUUGUAUCAAGAUUGGGGGACUAUUAGAUGUUGAUUUAUUAGAAGGAUCACUUCAGCAGUUGGAUGGAAAAGAUGGCAUACUGCUGGUGGAUACUUUGCUUCAAAUGUACAGUGAUGUCUUACUAUUUGUUAAAGCAAUGUUACAAAGUGAUACACCAACAAGACUGUCAGUAUUAGAAGAUACCAUCGUAUGGCGUAAAUGUCUACAGUUGCUGAGUCUAGCUGGUAGACAAUGUAUCAAAGAUUGCUGUCUAGAGUUAUCCUGUCAUAUGUUAGUGUCCAGUGUGUUUAGUCUCUUGACAUCUAUGGUACAACUAGAAGAAAGCCGUGCUCUUAAGGCAAUCCUACCAUCCAUGGCUAAAUAUUGGAAAACUAUUAUAGAUUGCAUAGUGCAUGUGAUACGUAGCAGUACAUCACUGUCUUCUACCAGGGUGUCUGUACUGAAAUACAUCACUGUAUUAUUGACUGUGGAAGGUGUGAAACAAACACAGGAUAAAAAUAUAAUGUUCCUUAUGGAUGGUGACAAAAAUAGCUCUGUGGAAUCAGAUGAGAGUGUAUCAAGUGGCCAGAUACUGUGUGAGGUUCUGCUGUCUGCAUAUGACUGUACUUUACCAACAUCUAACAGUGUUACAAUUCAGGAGAAACACCUUAUUGGUAGUGCAUUAAGCACUCUACUAGCUGUCAGUCAUACCGCAAAAACAUUUGCAUUGGAAGCUGGUUUAGUGGAGAGUACAAUAGAUCAAAUCAAGCAUAUCCAUGUGAAAUUAAACAUGGAUUCCUUACAGAUUGGAAAAACAUCAUCUAAGAAAAAGCAGGAGGAUAGCCAGAUAUCAGAGUUGAUGAAUCAUUUAAAUUUACUCAGGAAUUUCCUGUACAAUAGUGAAGAGGUCAAGAUGGCAGCAUAUGAGUGUGGUUUCAGUAAUGUUGUACAUAAACUGUGGUCUUGGUGUACUGUAGAAUCACAGUUAAUGAUGACUGUUUUAGCAGUCUUAUGUACGUACACUGCUAGAUGUGAACCAGCUUGUAGUUCGUUGGCAUUCACAUCUCUGAGUGCAGUGAGUGGCAGUGGACCGAGUAGCAAUUCACUGUUACAUAGUCUGGUGAAGUAUGCCAACCGUGAAAAUAGUAAACAGAAAAAAGGAGACUGCAGUGAGAAUCAGAAAUCAAUAUUUUCAUUAUUAUCAACCCUGGCACUGUCUUCUGAAUGUAGAGGAAUUCUUUGGAAGAGUAAUUUCCUUCAGCUGUUUUCCAAAGUACCACCACCAAAGAAAGGAGGCAAAGGAAGAAAACUCAAUGUGUCUCUGAUGUGGUUAAAAUUAUUAGUGAAUCUUUCAUUCUCAGCAGAGGGACAACAAAUGAUAAUGAAAAUACCAGAAUGUUUAGAUUUGCUAUUAGAUUAUGGUCAGUGUUCCUACCAAGCUGUGCAAAUGGCAGCUCUGCUCAUACUACGUAAUCUAUGUUUGCAUGCUACAAGUAAACCCAAGCUUCUAUCUAAUGAUAAACUACUUCCUUAUUUGUUGGAUGUUGUAAAUGGCACUAAUAUGCAUUCAAAGUACAUAGCAGUAACAGCAUUAUGGGCAUUAGUGUACAACAGUCAGAAGGCUAAAGUAAGCAUGAAGAAUGGAGCUGUUGGACCUAAUUUGAUGGAGGCAUACAGUAACGUAAAAUCUAUGUCGUAUAAUCCAACUGAUGAACAGCAAGAUGCUAUGCAAUGUCUCAACGCUAUGCAAACAGUUAUAGCCAUGGUCAAUGAAUAAAAAUAUAUUUGUCUAAUAUUUGUAUCUGUUCACAAUUAUGAUGAAACCCUUGCCUGGAGUCUUGUAUAUUAUGUAUGUACUAUAUAUGUGAUAUAUUACAACUUUUUAAGGAUUUGAAAAAGUCUAAAAUAUGAGAAAUCCUGAGGUUAGGUGGCAGUUUCUAAUUAUUCUGCAAAUAAAAACCAAUUGUGCUAAAGUGAUUACAAGCCAUAAGAUGUUAGGUGUGUGUUUUAAAAUUUGGGUCGGAAGUUUGAUGAUCUGAGAAAUUGACGCUUGAAACAAAUUAGAGGAAAUAAUUAAAUAUUCGGGUUAGAUUUAGAAUUCCUCAAAAUGCUGAAUAUUAAUCAUAAGGCAGUUCCAAUUUGACAUGAAAUCUAUGGUAACAAGGCUAAACUGGAUUAUUUAGAGUUAUUCAUCAGAGUAAUUUUAUAUUAUGUAUGAUAAUGGAAAAGAGGAGUUAUUCAUGAAUGAAGGAUAGCUAAAAAUUAUGUAUUUAGGUAAACAACUCAUCAUCACCAAUUACAUUUUUAACCUGCAUAUGCUCAGAAACUUGUAAUUAAAUGAUCAUCCGUGAGUUACUACUGGUAGUUGUCCUCAUAUUGAUGUGUGUUUAAUCACUUCAUCAUGAAUGCUGUUUACACAUCACAAUCUUGUUCUAAAAUUAAAAUAUUUGUAAAAGUUUUGUAA